UCCUCUCCACAUUCUCCCUUAUUGCUAGGUAUGCCACAGCCAAAGAAACACAAUCCUCAUGUCGACAGGGCCCAUGGUUGUCAGCUAAGUAUAUUCUGCCAUUCCUCUUGUCUACAGUCUACCAAAUCAACUACAGAGGUCAGAACCAGUCCAUCUGUUCCUUAGCCCCCCCGAUUUGUCUGCUGUAACCUCUUUGUAUCACGAUCUGGGGAAGGUUUUCAGUAAAGAUAGGGCAAUUUCAUUGCCACCUCACCGCCCAGACAACUGUGGAAUAGAUCUCAUUCUUGAAGCUCUUUUACCCACCAGCAGACUAUACAACCUGUCACGCCCUGAGAAAAAAGGCCAGAGAGCUAUAUAAAUGGCUCCCUGGCCACUGGAAUAAUUGUCCCCUCUUCAUCUCCUUUGGGUACUGGAUUUUUCUUUGAUGUCAGGAAGGAUAAAACUCUCUGUUAGACUUCAAAAUAACGAAAACAAACAAAUACUCAUUGCCCCUCAUCAACUCUGCCUUUGAACUACACCAUGGAGCUAUCAUCUUCUUCAAAUUAUACCAAUGGAAUCCCUAUCACUUGCUUAGGAUCCAUACAGGAGAUGAGAGGAAACCGAUUUCAACACUCCCCUGGGCCACUUUGAGUAUAUGGUUAUGCCAUUCAGAUUAACCAAUGCAUUGGCAGUUUUUCAAGCUUUUGGGAUUGAUGUUCGCAGAGACUUCCUCAACCGCUUUACUUUUGGCUACCUGGAUGACAUCCUCAUAUUCUCCAAACCUCCCCAAGAACACACCUCACAUGUUCGCUUGAUUCAACUCAGAGAGCUUCCUGGGCUACAUAAUUGAAAGCGGGCAGGUGAAGACAGACCCCAACAAGAGCCGUGCUGUAGCAGAGUGGCCUUGACCUGACUCCCUGAAGCAGCUCUAGUAGUUCCUGGGCUUUGCCAAUUUUUAUCGCAGCUUUAUCGGGGACUUCAGUCGCAUUGCUGCUCCCCUCACGAGGCUGACUUCAUCUGCCACCCCUUUCAGUUGGAUGGCAGCUUUGGAAGAGUGGAUGGACUACUAAAAGACUGAACUCCUGGCAGAGAGCCUGAUGUUCUCUCCUGUCAGUUUGUCUCACAGGAAACCUCUUCUGAACCUGACACCAUUCUCCCUUUCUCCUGUUUGGUGGCAGUUCUUACCUGGGUGAUUGAAACAGUCGUAAGAGAGGCCCAGUGAAUGUGACCCAGGUUACGGUCCACCCAACUGUCUUUUUGUCCCUGACUCUGUCUGUUCCCAGGUCCACACCUCCAGGUGUCCUUGCCAUCUAGGUGUGUUAUACACUUCUCACUCCUUGAGAGAGACUUCUGGUGGCCUUCAUGGAUGCAGAUACUCAAGCGUAUGUGGCGGCCUCCACCGUAUGGUGCCAGUGGUUGGUGCCACUGACCACAAGCUGAACUCCUUCAGACUUUGCCUAUGUGUCCCUGGACACAUAUAGCCCUGGACUUCGUUAUUGGAAUACCCCCCUCACAAGAUCAUUGAUGAGGAGGACACACAGUUCAUGACAAACUGUCCCCCGGCAGUGACGGAGAGCACACCGCGCAGACGCACCAGGAUACAGGUGUUCUGGACAGCGCCGCCUACUGGGACUGGCUGUGUUAUCCUGAAGGCCAGUAUUGUCCAGAAGAGAAUAAUCUAUUUCCAGGAAGAGGGCUCUCUUACCAUUCAGCUUUGUGAGAAAGAGCGUGUGUUUGGUGAAGCUACAGAAGCUGCCAUGGAGUGCUGCGCCUGUGGAACAGCCAAGUACAGACUCACAUUCUAUGGCAACUGGUCGGAGAAAGUGCAUCCCAAGGAAUAUCCAAGACGAGCCAACCACUGGUCGGCUCUGAUCGGUGCCUCCCACUCCAGAGGUUAUGUGCUGUGGGAGUAUGGAGGCUAUGCCAGUGAGGGAGUCCGUCAGGUUGCUGAGCUUGGAUCCCCCAUCAAGAUGGAAGAAGAGAUUCGACAGAAGGUAGAAUCGACAUCAGAUGAGGCCUCUGGAGAUGAAGUACUGACUGUCAUUAAAACGAAGGCGCAGUGGCCAGCGUGGCAGCCACUCAACCUGCGAGCAGCUCCAUCAGCAGAGUUUUCUGUGGAUCGGUCCCAUCACCUGAUGUCCUUCCUCACCAUGCUCGGGCCCAGUCCAGACUGGAACGUGGGGUUGUCAGGAGAGGAUCUCUGUACCAAGGAGUGUGGCUGGGUGCAGAGACUGGUGACAGACCUCAUUCCCUGGGAUGCAGGCACUGAUAGUGGUGUCACUUAUGAGUCACCAAAUAAGCCUACUAUCCCUCAGGAGAGGAUCCAGCCACUGACCAGUUCGGACCAUCCUCAGAGCCCAUUCUAUGACCCAGAAGGAGGGGCAAUUACCCCUGUGGCUAAGGUGGUGGUGGAACGCAUAGCUAGGAAGGGAGAACAAUGUAAUGUGGUCCCAGACACCAUAGAUGACAUCGUAGCUGAUAUUGGACAGGAGGAGAAGGAGAAAGAUGACACACCAGAGACAUGUAUCUACUCAGGCUGGUCUCCGUGGUCGGCGUGUAGCAGUGCUACUUGUGAAAAAGGCCGCAGGAUGAGGCAAAGGAUGCUGAAGGCCCAGCUGGAUCUCAGUGUGCCGUGUCCUCACACUCAAGAUUUCCAGCCCUGCAUGGGCCCGGGAUGCAGUAUUGAGGAACCUUCAACAUGCAUGAUGUCUGAGUGGAUCAGCUGGUCAGCCUGCAGCGUGUCCUGUGGGAUGGGGAUGAGGUCUAGAGAGCGAUAUGUCAAACAGUAUCCUGAGGACGGUUUGCUAUGCCAGCUUCACACUGAGGAAAAAGAGAAGUGUGUUGUCAACGAUGAAUGCUCACCCAGCAGCUGUUUGGUGACUGAGUGGGGGGAGUGGGACUCCUGCAGUGUCACCUGUGGGAUAGGCAUGAUAAGACGUGAGCGCAUGGUGAAGAUGACUCCUAUUGAUGGAUCGAUGUGUAAAACCGAUGUGGCUGAAGUGGAGAAAUGCAUGAUGCCAGAAUGCUAUACCAUCCCAUGCAUGCUUUCUCCCUGGUUGGACUGGAGUGAAUGUAGUGUGACAUGUGGGCGUGGUGUGCGAACACGUCAGAGGAUGUUGAAGUCUGAUCCUGCAGAGUGCACUGAGGAGUUGGAGCAGACAGAGAAGUGCAUGCUGCCUGAGUGCCCUGUCGACUGCAUGGUAUCAGAGUGGUCGGAGUGGUCAGAGUGUAACAAGUCCUGCGGUAAAGGACACACCAUUCGAACCCGUAUGGUCAAAUUGGAGCCGCAGUUCAGAGGAAGCACUUGUCCCGAGACCAUCCAGAGGAAGAAAUGCAAGAUACGGAAGUGCCGGACAAAAACGAAGGAGGAGAAAGGAGGAGGUGGAGGUGGAGGAGAAGGUGGAGGAAAGAGGAGGAGGCGUGGUAAACAGGGUAGAGAUGUCACACUGGAAGAACAGCCAGGUUGCAGGAUGCAGCCGUGGACUGGCUGGAUGGACUGUACCAAACCAUGUGGAGGGGGGAUCCAGGAGCGUUUCAUGACGGUGAAGAAAAGAGCAAAGGGCACUCUGAUGGCUGGCUGUAAGAACCAGAGGGAGACCCGUGCCUGUAACAUUCAUCCCUGCUAGGGAGCACUACUGAGCUACAGAGGAGGGGAGGGGAGCUGAGGGUUAAAUAUAUGAAAUAUGAAAAUAUGGGUUUAUUUGAUAAAGAUGAUGGGGGGUUUGAUUUUUUUUUGUGUGCAGGGAGGUGAAGUGAGGAAGAAAUGAUGGGCUUGACAGCAAGGAAAAAGAAUGGUCUGGGCAAAUAGUGGGAAGAGGAGAAGAAAGGAGGAAAAGAAAGAGAAGAAGAUUAUGCGCUGUUUAGUUAAGCCAUUGUAGACAUUUAGUUAACAGGACUGAUAUUUACUUUAGAUCGCAAUGGAAGUAUUAGGUAGUCAUGCCUGUGUCCUGCAAAAAAUCCUCCUUACAGUAAUAUGAGGGGAAAAAAACAACUAAAGUAGCUUUCCCAUUGACACAAACAUGUCGUUCUGGCCCCUGGGGCAUGAAAUAAUGCUAAAUCCUGGUAUUUCCUGAGAAUUUUCAUCAAAAUCUGCUCCUGUUUUCUGCAAAAAAAAUACCCACAGGAAUAAUUUUUGGGAUGUGUCUGCUACAUACUAUAUGUACUGACACAAAGAUGCUUUCUCCAAUCAUCAUUAAUGAUACCAUGUAUAUGCCAUAGCUAUAGUCCGCCCUCAAAAUGUCAUUAUUGCCGCAAUUUAACUGGAUCAGCUUAUUAGUUUUAGCUUUUCCUUGUGAUUCUAAUUCAUGCUAAAAUGGAGGUCUGCUGCUGUGUAGCAAAAUAUUUGCAGAAUAAGUGUGAAAGAAGCUGAAUAAUCUGGAAAUGAAAACUAUGCAAACAUUACAAUCUUUUAUGUCAUCUGUGGUCUUUACUGAGCUCAUGACACUAGUUACCUGACUCACGCCUUUAAAAACAGAAAACAGAUCCUUAAAAUGGUACCAAGCCUGGGGAGAUGCACCAUUUUAACAUUAGUCUUGAUGAACAAAUAUCCCUUUCCUUUAUGUUGUUCCAUAACCUGCAAGCUUUGUGGUGGGGUAUGAAAUGGAUGAGUAUUGUUAUAACACCAGUAACAAGCUAAUCGGGCAUCAUCAGGUUUGAAAUUAAAUAUUCAAGUAAAGCAGCCUUAGUGUACAGACUUACUAAGAGACCAUCACACCACUAGCAGCUCCAUCCCCAAAUCAGAGUGCAGAGCAGAGUUCAAUAGGGCAUUGAGUUCAGAAGAUUUCCCUAACAUUACAAAUAAAUGUCCAACAACAAUGGUCUUAUUCCUCUCCCUAUAUCCACUCAGACAUAUUAGGACUGAUAAAAUAAAAGAGUACAAUAUGCUCAAAGAAAAAGGAUCAGAUGAUUCAGUAUAAAGUCCAUUUUUUCCACCUUAAAGAUAGUUUACUUCUAAGAGGACCUGCUGUUCUACUACCACAUAAACUGAGGAAUAACAUCAGAAAAUUUGAAUAAAAACCUUAAUAAUUAAACUUUAGCAAUUCUGUUUUAAAAAUCAAACAUCUUUUGUAGCAGUUCCUGGAAAAAUGUAAUAUAUACCCGGGAAGUAAUCAUUUUAAAAUCAUAGACACACUUUCAACCGUUAUUUUUAAAUACUUGAAGUUGGCAACUGUCACUUAAUUGGGAAAAAACAUAAAUAAAAGUAAACGAUGUAGGAUUUUUUUUUUAUUUUAAUUUUUUAUUUUUUUGUCUCUAAAGUCUUAUGGAUGUACUGUAUAUCUACUAUCUAACCAACACUUAUAAAUGACACUACUAUGUAAUUACUAAAAAAACUCUUUCCUUAAUAAACAGAUACAUUUAAAUUGAGAUGUUUUAUACUGUUAAAAUUAGUCUUUAUAUACUGUACUGAUGUUCAUCUUUUGUUUCAGCUGAUGUAGCAUUAAACCUACGAUAGCUGUCAGUCUGUCAGAAGAUGUUAAUUUAGCAUGUGCAAAAAUUAUUAUUUUGGUUGGACAUUAUGCUUUAUCAGCCAUAGAUGUCUUACAAAAGAUAAUUAAAUGAGUUUACAGCUUUUGCUGUUUCCUGAACACACCAACGGAUGGAGCCGUAAAAGUGUCACGUCUUACACACGUGCUGUGCUGCACUGGUGCAGAGUUGUGCCUGCAGAACAAAUUGUGUGGAAAACAAUAUAGAGGUUUCUACAGUAUUAAAAUCUGUAGAACUGCUCAACAUACAAUAGACUGUUACUGGGGCCUUGAUUAAAACACACGUCAUAUCCAUGUAUUGUUUAUAUCAAGCUUUUCACUUGUAUUGCCAUGAUGACAAUGAUCUGUAAAUUUCUUUUUUUAUUAUUACUUAGCAGAUUAUGUUGCAGUUUGUUUCUGUUUUAAUAAGAAUGUCCUCACCAAAGUUCUCUUCUCUAGAUUUUCUGAGGAUGUUUUCUCUAACUCUCUUGUCUUCACUCUUUUCUGUUUUCAGGCCUCUUUCUGUUAUUUCUUUGCCUCUGUAUCAUGUGACUAUUUUGUAAGAAACCACCUUUACAAUAAAAAAAUGUAAAUUUGAGAAAUCAUGAACUGGUUUUGAUUAGCCUUAAUGUUUUGUUUUGGGUCCUGGAGAUCCUUGGCUAUCUUUAACAGCUAAAUACCAUACUUGACAUUGUUUUUUUCUACUUGAUACUUUUCCUAAUUUUAUGAGAAUGGCUUAUAAACAUAAUU